UAUGGGGCACAGAGGGGCAGGAUGGGGUGAGGGACACAAGGUGGACCUAGGAGUGGCGGUAGGACAGUGGAGACACGGGAUGGCAGAAGGGCCACAGAGAGAACAGAUUGUUACCAAGGGUGGCAGAGGGGCUCUGGACCAUGGUGGGGGGUGACAGGGUGACAGGGUUGUGGCAUCUCCAGAGAGUGCUGGUGGUGUUCGCGGUGUCCCUGCGUGUCCCACUGCCAUGUGGCCAUGCCUGCUGCUCGCUCUCGCCCUGCUGGGCACUGUCCCUGCCAGCCACCCCGCCCCCCGCCAGCCCCAGGGGGUGCCUGCUGGUGAGACCGCCCCGCUGCACUACACCGUGGUGAAGAAGCUGUACACCUACUCAGGUGCCGAGCGCUACUGCCAGGACGUGUACCGGGGCCAGCUGGCCUCAGUGCACAGCGCCGCCCGCAACCAGCAGCUGCAGAAACUGGCACAAACCUACAACAUCAUCCUCGCACCCUGGAUUGGAGCUGUCACCAGCCGCAGGGCAGGGCAGUGGGAGUCCUACUGGGAGGACUCCAGCCCCUGGAACUACGCGAACUGGGCGCCCACUCACCCCUUCCACAUUGUCACCACCUGCACCACCCUCAGCACCCGAGACGGGCUCUGGCGAAGCCGCUUCUGCCUCCAGCUGCGCCCCUUCAUCUGCCAGUACUGA